UGCCAAUUGCCAUGCAGGCAUGCCAGCGGCGCCAGUCUUCUGUUUGGCGUCACUGGGCAACGAUGAGUUGUAGCGCGCUCCUGGCGAGUCUGGGAGUAUUUGAACCACUUUUUACUGUCGUAGGAAUUUUGACAGUAGGCAGGAUCCUUCUGCAGGCACUCUGGGCCGUUGGGAAUGGUUUGCGGGCACACUUUUGGUCACGGCUGUGGCGGAAGAGGCUGGUCGAGGACUACGGCAGAUGGGCAGUGGUGACGGGCAGCACUGAUGGCAUCGGGAAGGAGUACGCCAAGGAGCUGGCCAAGAGGGGCAUGAACGUGGUCUUCGUGUCACGAACUCUCGACAAGCUGAAGAAGGUCUCAGCUGAAAUUGCCCAGGAGUUCGGCGUGGAGACGGAGAUUGUGCAGGCAGACUUUUCGGAUGGCCGUCCCAUCUAUGAAAACAUCGCCAAACACUUACAAGACAAAGAGAUUGGGGUUUUAGUGAACAACGUCGGGGUGUUGCUGCCUCAACCUAUGCCGUUCGGAGACGCCUCCGACAAAGACUUGUGGGCUCAUGUCAACGUCAACGUGGCCUCAGUGCCGGCCAUGACCAAGUUGGUGCUGCCGGGCAUGUUGAGGCGGGGCCGCGGGGCCAUAGUCAACGUGUCUUCCCUCUCCAACAUCUGCCCCGUCCCGCUUAUUGGCAUCUACGCCGCCACCAAGGCAUUCGUCGACUACUUCUCCCGGUCGCUGGAGCAUGAAUACCGCGGCUCAGGCAUCACCGUGCAGACCGUCAUGCCCGGCUAUGUCUCCACCAACAUGACCAGCUACAGCGACCUCGUCCAUAAACCCGGCGUGUUCAUCCCCAACGCGUCAACAUUCGCUGCCAGCACCGCACACACCCUGGGCUACGCACGCAGAACUACAGGUUAUUGGGUUCACGGCAUCCAGGCUCACCUUCUCGAGAACUUCAUGAAUUCGGAGCUUUGCAUGUAUAUAAUGUACCACUGGCAUAUGAUGCAGAUCCGUUCCGUGAAGAAGAAUCAGGAUUAGCGAUGAAGUGAAUGUCAAGUGGAAGUACGCAGACGUAAUUUUGUUAUUGUGUGCUUACUACCUCUGAAGCAGGUGAUUCGUAUGCCUGUAAUUUUACAAUCCACCUGUCAUAAUGUGAAUAAAAGUGAAACUCAGAAACUUAUCAACGUUCUAAUGUUCGAUCAACCA